AUGACAACUAUGGAGGACGCAGAUAAUAUCCGUCAUUCUCCGGAUGGCAGCGAGAGCGAAGACGAGGGUACAGUAGCACCCACGAAUAUCUCUCAGAUCAGGCGGAAUCAGAAUGCCCAGUUUGAAGCCCUGCUUGCGCAUCGUGCCCGCUAUGAGCUACCUACGCAGUCCAAAGCUGAACCGGCCUCUUUACGCGAUGAAGACUUGUCCAUUGCAGGCCUUGUAUCUCGGCAUGACCAAGGUUCGUCUAACCUGGAUCCUCGGGCUUAUCAGAUCGAGCUUUUUGAACGAGCCAAGACGCGGAAUAUCAUCGCAGUUCUUGACACCGGAGCGGGAAAGACUCUCAUUGCAGUAUUACUGCUGAAGCACGUAUUGCAGAAGGAGUUGGUAGAUCGUGCAGAUGGCAAGGCGCAUCGAGUGGCCUUCUUCUUAGUGGACAGUGUGACCUUAGUUUUUCAGCAAGCAGCAGUUCUGCGAAACAAUCUGGAUCAAAAUAUUGCCCUUUUCUAUGGUGCAAUGGGCCCGGACCUGUGGGAUGAGCAGACCUGGAACGAACAUCUGAAGAGGAACAUGGUCAUAGUUUGCACGGCCCAGAUCCUCAACCAUGCUCUUUUGAAUGCCUUUAUCAAAAUGCGUCAAAUCAACAUCCUAAUAUUUGACGAGGCGCACCAUACAAAAAAAGAGCACCCAUAUGCACGCAUAAUUCGCGACUCAUAUUCCAAGACAGAACCGGAAGGGCGACCGAAGGUUUUUGGCAUGACAGCAUCCCCAGUUGACGCCAAGGUUGAUAUUGCACAAGCAGCUUCCCAACUGGAAGACCUCCUCGAUAGCCGGAUUGCCACUACUUUGAAACUACCCCUGCUUCGCCAAGUCGUGCAAAGGCCUUCCGAGGAGACAUGGCCUUACAAGAAACUUGGCCCACCCUUCGAGACGGAGCUGUACCAGAAGAUCAUCGCUGGUUAUGGUGACAUAAAAUCCUUACAACCUGUCUUUCAAUUUACGAAACAAGCUAGCUCAGAGCUUGGAAUAUGGUGUACAGACCGGAUUUGGGAGAAAGCUCUCUCCGAUGAUGUACUUCCGAAGCUCGAAGGGUCUGUCAACAGGGGAACUAAAUUGGAAUCGCAAUCACCCGAGAUGGUAGAAAAGGAGAUAUCUCGGAUCCACGAAAUCAGUCAGAUUGUGAGGGCGCAUCCAAAAGAUCAUCCACUUGGCGCGGGACAACUUAGCUCCAAGGUCGAACUUCUUUUGACCCUUUUCCAACACCAUUUUGGGAACUCCGACAACAAGAAGUGUAUUGUCUUCAUAGAAAAGCGGAACACUGCUAAAGUCUUAUUCGAGUUGUGCCAACAAUUGGAAAUCCCAAACAUGCGCCCAGGAGUCUUGGUAGGGGUUCGCAACGUUGACCUCACCGCAAGAUUUACUUUUCGUCAACAGUUCCUGGCUCUUGUGAGAUUUCGAAAAGGAGAAAUCAACUGCCUGUUUGCAACUUCUGUGGCAGAAGAAGGGCUUGAUAUACCUGACUGCAAUCUAGUCAUCCGAUUCAAUCUUUACGACACAGUUAUCCAGUAUGUACAGAGUCGCGGCCGUGCAAGGCACAAAGACUCAACUUACGUGUCAAUGGUGGAAAUGGGAAACGAGGAGCACCUUCGGCGGAUUGAAGAAGUUCGGCAAGGCGAGAAAAUGAUGCUUGAAUUUUGCAAGGCUCUCCCGAAAGAUCGCAUUCUGGAUGACGGGAAUGAUGAAUAUUUGCAGACAGUUCGACAGGCGGGGAGAAGUCAAAGAACAUACACCAUACCCUCCACUGGAGCAAAAUUGACAUAUCCACAUGCUAUGGCGGUGCUAUCACGAUAUGCAGAAUCUCUUCAGUCUGAAAGAGACAACUUCACCCAAGUUACUUACUUCGUCAUAUCAAGAGAUCAAUCAUACUAUUGCGAAAUAGUUCUACCAGAAAAAUCACCAAUUCGUGGGCUAGUAGGGCCGAUCGCACCGACAAAGAUGAUGGCGAAGCAAUCAGCCGCGUUCGAUGCCUGCAUGUUACUGCGCAAGCAUCACUUGUUAGACGACCACUUCAAAUCUAUCUAUCAAAAACGCCUUCCGGCUAUGCGAAAUGCCAAGCUGGCAAUUGUUUCAAAGAAGACCAACAAAUAUACCAUGAUCAACAAGCCUUCAAUUUGGACACUGCAUCAGGGAGUAGUCCCAGAGUCACUCUUUGCGUUGAUCAUCAGUUUCCACCCCUCGGAGCCCCUUUCUAGAGAGCAUAGAAGCUUCAUGUUAUUGACUCGCGUGAAGAUCCCGGAAUUUCCAGCAUUUCCUCUCUAUUUGGAAAAUGACACUGAGGCAAUAAUCCGCACUACGGCUCUUGAAAGUGUCCUGUCCGUAUCUUCGGAUGAUCUUCACCAUCUCUCAGAGCUCAUGGUCUCUGUAUUCUAUGAUAUCUUCCACAAAACAUUCGACCUCGAAUCCACAAAGUUUCCUUACUGGGUCGCCCCGCUGAAGCCAUCUCAUGCGCCAGCUGAGAAGAUAUUACUGCCUGCAGAAGUGAUCGAUUGGGAAGCGAUUAAUUUUGUGCAUGAGAAUAGAGAGCUUAAAUGGACCGAGAAGAUGGAUACCGAGUUCCUUAUGAAACAUUUCUUAUUUGAUCCAUGGGAUGGCAGAAAGCGAUACUUUCCAAUUGCUAUCGAUAGUACGUCGUGCGCUUCGGAUUCGGUUCCUCCUCAUCUCCCACGUCGCAGGUGGAUGGAAAACCUUUUGAACUAUUCUCUGAGCCUUGGGAAGAGUUCUCGACAGAAAUGGCUUGAGUAUGCAAAAUGGGACCAGCCUGUAAUCGAGGCACAAUGUAUCUGCUUACGCAGAAACUUCCUUGAUAAGGCUACGGGGCCCGAGAAAGGGGAAGCAGGGCGCCUUCUCAUUUGCCCACAGCCUCUGAAAAUUUCACCCUUGCCGCUGGGAUUAGUCACUUCAUUGCUGGCCUUCCCAGCUAUCAUGUGUAGGAUGGAAUCCUACUUGAUUGUCAUGGAUGGCUGCCGGAACUUGGGUCUCGAUAUAAGUCCUCAGCUUGCUUUGGAGGCUUUCACCAAGGAUUCUGACAACACAGAAGAGCAUCGUGCACUUCAAAUACACGUUCAACGCGGAAUGGGAAAGAACUACGAAAGACUCGAGUUUCUUGGAGACAGUGUUCUGAAGAUGGCUACGUCAAUAGCACUAUUUUGCCAAAACCCCGACGAUGAUGAAUACGAUUUCCAUGUCAACCGAAUGUGCCUUGUCUGCAACAGGAAUAUGUUUAAUGCAGCCGUCAAGCUACGUCUUUAUGAGUACAUUCGCACCCGCGGAUUUUCUCGUGUAGGCACACAUGGUAUCCACCUGGGGGUCACCCUUCUCCAUGGUCGGAACUAUCUCCGCCAUCCUGACUUUGAAGGCACCCAUGCACUCGGAGAAAAAACCAUCGCCGAUGUGUGCGAAGCUUUGAUCGGGGCCGCUUUACUAACAGGGGGUAAGGCGAAUCGGUUUGAUUUAGCAGUCAAAGCAGUCACUCUCUUCGUGGAUAGCGACAGUCACAAAGCCACGUGCUGGGAAGACUAUCGCGCAUCGUAUGCAAAGCCGGCUUAUCAAAUGAAGACUGCCGAUGGGUCAGACGUCGAUCUGGCUCAAAAGAUAUUCGAGCGACUGGGAUAUCGUUUCAAGUAUCCCCGUCUACUACGGUCUGCUUUUACACAUCCAUCAUACCCAAUUUCUUGGUCAAAGGUGCCUUGUUAUCAGCGUCUGGAAUUCCUUGGUGAUGCUCUCUUGGAUAUGGUUUGCAUUGAAGAUUUAUUCCAUCGCUACCCCGACAAGGAUCCCCAAUGGCUCACAGAGCACAAGAUGGCCAUGGUCUCGAACAAGUUUCUUGGUGCAUUGACUGUGAAGCUCGGUUUCCACCGACAUCUCCUACACUUUAGCAACCCCAUCCAAGCCAAUGUCACUCAAUACGCCGAAGAAAUACAGAUGGCUGCUGAUGAAAGUGAAGGAUCUCCGGACUACUGGCUCAAUACAAGAGACGCGCCUAAGUGUCUUCCGGAUAUGCUAGAAGCAUACCUUGCCGCCAUAUUUGUGGACUCUGAUUUUGAAUUCAAUGUCAUCGAAGACUUUUUCACCGCACACGUUAAGCCGUUCUUCCUUGAUAUGUCUUUAUAUGACACUUUUGCUAAUAAGCACCCAACGACCUUCCUCUACAACCAGUUAACUGGAAUCUAUGGAUGCUCUGACUAUUGCUUGAAAUCAGGCGAGAUACCUGGAGUCGAUGGAGAGGAGCCGCAGAUCCUGGCAGCUGUCCUUGUUCAUGGAAUACCCAUUUCAGAGGUCAUUGGCAUCUCUAGCCGAUAUGCAAAGGUCAAAGCCAGCGAGAAGGCUUUGGAGGCCAUUAGCGGAAUAUUGCCAGAAGAGUUCCGUAUCAAAUUUAGCUGUCACUGCAAGGCAUCGGAUGCUGAUGGGGUACAGCAAGCUGAUGUGGGUACGGCCAUUUAA